AAUGAACAAGAACAAUAUACUUGAAUUUUAAUAAUUAUCUUAAACAAUUCGCUAACAGAUUCACUAAAACUACUUUUUUGGGAGAAAACCGCUUAAUUAUCACGAUAAGUCAUUUUAUCGCUACAUGUCUCAAGAGUAAAGUUAAGACGAAAACGAUGAAUUUAUGCAAAAAGAAUUUAAUCUUACAUGCUUGGCAGUGGAUUCUGUUGAAAAAAAAGCAGAAUUCCAGUUUAGACUUAAGUUUUCUUUAAGAAACAAAGAUAAUUGUACGACUUUUCUAUUAAUUUAUUAUUUUAGAUUAUUUAAUAGGUUCUCUUGAAUACCUUAAAUAUUUGAAUGAACAAAAGGAAGAAAAGAAACUUAAAGUAUGUGAUGCAUAUAAUUAAUUUCUCAGUUCAUUUCAUUUUGAAAUCAGGCUUCCUUAAGUAAUUGAUGAUUUGCAAAUAACAAAAUUAAAAGAAAAUUUUAGCAAUCCUUAUCCUGCGUUCAGAUUUAAAAAAAAAAUAAUCGAACAAAAUGAAAAUUAUAUUUGUCUAAAAGAUAUAUCAGAACAGAACUUUUCAACAUACGUAAUCUCAUUUAUUUAUUUAGUAAUUUUUGAUAUACGCAGUUCCAAUUCAAAAUAUUAGUUAUUUUGCUCUAGAAUUAGAUUCUUAGAUAACAUAUUUUUUUGUUAAAAGUUAUAAAGAUAAGGAUAAACCUAUUUGGCUUAAUAAAAACGGAGAAUAAGAAUUAACAUUUGUUGUUGGAGUUGAAGAUUAAUAGACUAUAAAUAAAAAUCUUUUUCAAUUCAUUUUGUUAGAUGAACAUGACAAGAAUUAGAUUGACGAAUAUAAGAAUACUAAAGCAAUAUUAUAAGAGUAUGAAGACAAUCUUAAAAAAUUAACUAACUCUAUAAGAAUUAAAAUUUCUUCAUUCCACUUUGAUAUUAUUGUCCAUCACAAUACUUUAAAUUAAUAUGCUUUAAAAUAGGGUAGUGAUUCAAACUACGAAGGCAUUAUUGAUAAAAUGGACUAUUAAAUUGAAAUAUAUGAAAUAAUUUUGUAACAAUUAUCGUUUGAGAAUGGUUAAUGGAAAUUCAAAAAUGAACAAAAAGAGCUGAAAUUUUAAAAUAAUAAGCCUAUAGAGCAGAAAUUCUACAAAAUGGUCGACCGUUAUGAAUCUUUUUAUUUAAAAACUCAGGAAACUGCUCUUAUAAGCUGCCCAAGUACAAAUAUAAAAUUCUCUUUCAACCCAGUUUUGGAAAAGAAAAAUAAGGAUUAAUAAUGA